AUGUCCUUGGGAACCCCGGCAAGUUGCGCUGGAAGCCCUGUGGACGAAAUCUGUGCGAGGUGUGGCCGUUCCUUGGAAAGUGCAUCCCUUUUGUUGGUGUGCGAACAUCACCUUUGCUUGCAAUGCGCUGCAGAGUCCUUGGAGAAGCGUGGGACACACGUCGUGCAGUGCAAGGCAUGCAACGCCGUCACGGAGGUCGACGCGGCCGCGGCGUCGUACCUGGAGAGCCUCUGCUCGCUCUCGCCGUCGUCGACUCGCCUGGCAAGUGGAUUUGCAAGCCCUGCUGUUCAGACAUCGCGCGAUCUCUCUGACGACACGUCCCCAAUGGUGCUGCCUCCUCCCAUCCUGCAGCCGGCCAGACGCAAAGAGCCACGCUGGAGCAACAGAGCUGUAGAUGCUCCUGGCACAGAGAGGCUUGGCAUGACGAAGCUUGGCGCUGCAGUGCGCAGCCAGCCGAGUGUCUCUCCGAACUCUCCGAGCUCCGUCAUUGAGAGCAUGGAGAAGGUGCCGCAAGGAGACGCCCGCUGCGGACAGUGCGAGGCUGACGGCCCGGCGGAGAUUUACUGCGAUCAGUGCCAGGAAACCUUCUGCAAAGGAUGCUCGGAUGCUACUCAUCGGCAGGGCAGAAUGACCAAGCACUGUUUGCAGACGGUUACUUCAGAGCUCUGCAAACCAGGUGCACGAGCACCGCCGAUGGCUGCCCCGUCACUGAGCCGACGCUUCCAUGCUUGUCCUGAGCAUCCGGAGGAGCCGGUGAACUAUUUUUGCUUGGACUGCGAGUCUAGCUGUGUGUGUGUGCUGAAUGUUGCCUUCAUGGAAAGCAUCGUGGGCACUCUGUCCAAUGUGUCCUGA